UUUACUUUUUUAAAAGUCGUUCCUUGACUAAAAACAAGUAAAAAUGGAUUUUUUAAAUAGAUCCAGCUUGGAGGACGGAAUAGAGGCAGAAAAUAUCUCCUCUAAUUCCACAUCUCUGAGUCAGUACAGCCAGCUUGCUAUCUGGGGUCUGGCCGGACUUGUCAGCUUUCUCAUUUUGUUUACAAUAGUCGGGAACGUCCUCGUUGUAAUCGCCGUUUUAACGAGCAGAGCUCUAAAACCACCCCAGAAUCUUUUUCUCGUCUCCCUCGCCAGUGCAGACAUACUGGUGGCCACACUGGUCAUGCCCUUUUCUCUGGCAAAUGAACUUAUGGGCUACUGGUUUUUUGGCAAAAUCUGGUGUGACAUUUAUCUGGCUCUGGACGUUUUAUUCUGCACCUCUUCAAUUGUUCACCUGUGUGCCAUCAGUUUGGACAGGUACUGGUCAGUGACACAGGCAUUAGAGUACAACUUAAAGAGAACACCUAAAAGAGUUAAAGGCAUGAUUGUGGUGGUGUGGUUGAUUUCAGCUGUCAUCUCCUUCCCACCACUGAUAUCAAUGGACAGGAGCAGCAAUGAGGCCAGUCCCACGUGUAUCCUGAACGAUGAGACCUGGUACAUCCUCUACUCCAGUAUCGGAUCAUUUUUCGCCCCCUGUGUCAUCAUGAUCCUUGUCUAUAUUCGGAUAUACCAAGUGGCAAAGAACAGGACCAGAACGAUGUCGGAGAAGAAGAGAGAUGUGGACUCCCCGCUCGAGAAUGGAAUGGACCAAGCCGAAUCAGGAAGAGGCGGGUCAGUAAAGUCCAACAGGGAAAGCAUAAAGGACCAAGAACGUGAGAAUGGACACUGCAAAGAGCAUGCAGUCGGAUCCCCUCUACCGAAUGAGCCCAAACAUCCGCCAACGGACCACGAUGACGACUACGAAGACAGCAGCUCGUCGGACGAGAAACCUAAGAAAGGUACCAAUUCCUCCAAACAUCAACGUGAUGAAAGAAAGGACAGGAAGUCCAGCCGCAAAAGCAGCUCCGCCUCCAAAUACUCCAGCAGGAAGUCGCGCUCCAGCUCCAAAUCCAUGGAGCUUUUCUCAUCUCGCCGCAAACGCCGGAGCACCGUCAACCGCAAUAAAGCCUCUGCCGCUAGAGAAAAGCGAUUCACUUUCGUCCUUGCCGUCGUCAUGGGCGUUUUCGUCUUGUGCUGGUUCCCGUUCUUCUUCUCUUACAGCCUGUACGGGAUCUGCCGGGAGCCAUGUGAGAUCCCCGAGACGCUGUUCAAGUUCUUUUUCUGGAUUGGCUACUGUAACAGUUCGCUAAACCCGGUUAUCUACACCAUCUUCAACCAGGAUUUCCGCAGAGCCUUCCAGAAGAUCCUCUGUAAGUCCUGGAAACGCUCUUUCUGAAUGCUCUCUGUAUGGGGCUGUAAUAGAAACGUUACCCUGCAGAUCCAUUCAAACUGUUCUGAGCUGUAUGAUAACGUGCUGGCCUGAAGGGAGUGGGGGGCUUAAACACCUUUACUUUCAGGGAUUGCUGCUAGAAAUGAAGGAUCGAUUUAACUAAGGGGUUCGAAAAGGUAUUAACAUAUUAGAGUAAGCUCUUACUCACUGAGGCGGCUUUAAUUCAACGCCAUUCAGGCUGCUGUAGGAUGGGCUUUCGGCUCAUUUCCCCAUUCUCCCAUUGACUUUUUCUCUCCUCAUUGUCAUACAAAAACGGACUCAUAACAGUAACUGUGAUGCAUGCACACCUCAGUGGCUGCACUUGGAUGAUCCGCACUGGAUGGCGAUGGGUUUACAAAGACACUUGAUUUUAAAUGUGACCUCAUUCUCUGAAUAUAAUGCGAAGGCCAUGAAAAUCUUUGCAACCUUGACAACCGUUGCUUAUGACGUUCUGAUAGUGGCAUCUAUCUUCUGUCUCACUGUCACGUCACUCUGUUUCUCUUUUCCUUUGUAUUACGUCGCACUGUCAACAUGAGGACCAAUGGGACGAAGGGGCUCCUUGCUUACUGUUUCAGUAGCAAAACAGUUUCACAAAAAAAAGAAAGAAAAAGUAAUCCUCCAAAAAAAAAGUCAUAUCUGCUUUAGUGUGUUUGGAGCUCAAAAGGGUCUGACCAGGGAGCUGCAGUUGAAACUGUUAUCAGCACGUGUGUUGUAACAUGAGGUUGGGAUUCAAUCUGGAUACAGUGGCAUGUACAGUUGAGUGGAAUCACAGGCAAAUACCUCUCCCUGGCAUAAGUAUACAUCUUCUACUCCCCUCUGAGAAGAAAGAUAGAAAACAGAGGUACUGCUGAGCCACAUGGGCACCUACUGAAGCUUUCACUUUGUGUGUAUGUGUGCAUGUGCGUGUGCGUGUGUGUGUGCGUGUGUGUGUGUGUGUGUGUGUGGAAGAGAAAGAUAGGAAAAUGUGUAUAACAGUGAAACUCUGUGGUGAUGAAGUGAGC